GCUUCGCGCAUGCCCAUUCAUUGACAGCUGAGACAGCAAUCGGCUUGUGUGUAAAGUGUGCGUGCGUGUGCGUGUUUGCGUGUGUGUGUGUGUAGUGAAGUGAAUGGUGGCGGCUACAAGCUAACAGAUCGGGUCAGCUGAAGACAUGAGGAGAUAGCACACAGAUCGGCCUGAACUACCAUGAUCCGGUUCCUCGGCUGCCAAACUUACACAAGGAGACGGUUAAGGUGAUUUGAGCUAACAGCCGGCUGAAGCUAGCCUUGUUGUGUCUGCUAUUGUCUUGUUUACCCGGCCUGUGUCACAUUACCGGAGGAAUGCAGAGGAUCAGAUCUUGGAGAGGCGGCUGGGCGCUGCUGAAGUCGAGCUGCGAGGGAGCCGCCGCACAAAAACGCGUCUCGCCUGCGUCCUCACGGAAUUACAGCCACCGCCCCGGCUCCUUUGGGCUCCUCUUUGACAUCGAUGGCGUGCUGCUGCGGGGCCGGACGCCCAUCCCCGCCGCCAAGCAGUGCUUCAGAAACCUGGUGGACCGCAACGGGCGCUACAAGAUGCCCGUGGUAUUCGUCACCAACGCCGGGAACUGCAUGAGGCAGGCGAAAGCCGAGCAGCUGUCACACCUGCUGGAGGUGGAGGUGUCUCCAGACCAGGUGAUGCUGUCCCACAGUCCUUUGCGAAUGUUCACUCAGUUUCACAACAUGCGCGUGCUGGUGUCAGGACAGGGCCCUGUGGAGGAGGUGGCUCACAACCUGGGCUUUCAGGAUGUCGUUACCAUAGACAUGCUGCGAGAGGCGUAUCCUCUUCUAGACGUCGUGGAUCACAACAGAAGACCCAAAGACGUCGUUCCACCAACCAAAGGCUUACGUCCAAUAGAAGCUGUUAUUUUAUUUGGUGAGCCGAUCAGAUGGGAGACCAACCUGCAGCUGAUCAUCGAUGUCCUCCUGACCAAUGGGAAGGCUGGAAAUGCUUUGACUUCCCUGCACUACCCACACAUCCCCGUCCUGGCCUGCAACAUGGACCUGCUCUGGAUGGCGGAGGCGAAAAGUCCAAGGUUCGGUCAUGGUAUGUUCCUCGUGUGUUUGGAGAGCUUGUACAAGAAGAUCACAGGCUGUGAGCUGAAGUACGAGGCCCUCAUCGGGAAGCCCAGCGUGGUGACGUACAACUACGCUGAGGUGCUGAUCCGACAGCAGGCUGAGAGACUGGGCUGGACCGAGCCUGUGGACCGGCUCUACGCUAUAGGUGAUAACCCAAUGGCUGACAUAUAUGGGGCCAACCUCUACAACCGCUACCUCCAGGCCUCCAGGAGAGCCAGGGCCCAGAUCCAGGCUAAGAGUGGUGGAGGAGGUGGGGAGUACCAGGCCGAAACACUCGCGGACCCCCCUAAGAUGACUUCAGCAGAGCUGGGCGGAGAGUCGGGUGUGUUUGUGACAGAGGAGCGGCUGCCCGAGAGCUGCAGCUCCAUCCUGGUGUGUACGGGCGUGUACAGGAGAGACCAGAAGGAGCUGCCCUCCGACCCCACGCAAACCGUCACCGAGCAGCGCAUCUUCCACGGGCACAGGGACUUCCGCUUUGACCCCAGCCUGACCCAGCCGUCCUUCGUGGUGCAGGACGUGAGGGAGGCCGUGGAGAUGGUGUUCCAACAGGAAGGCUGGCCGCUGGAGUAAAAAGAAACCUGGGCUGAUCUCCACCUGCACAUCCGUCCCCUCUCCCCUUUUGUACCACCUGAGAGAACAGCUCUAAUGCUGUUUUACUGGUAGUAGCUGAGGCUUAUAGUUCUGAGUUAUUUUAUAUAUUUUAUGUCUUUGAUUAUCACAGGGGAGACGGAGCUGUUACUGCAGCCAGGCCGUCUAGAUGUGCCAUGGAAUCGGCUGCAAAACAAGCAGUCGAGACGCUGAAAAAAUACUGAAAAAUGUUGAUUAUGGUGAAAUCAAAAAGACAUUUAUCAUUCAUACAUGGCUAGCGUGUCAUAGACUGCUGCAGUAUAUGUAGUAUUAUUCAUGACCAACAGACACAGGGCAUGACCUGUCUACUGUACCUGCACUGGGUGGGUUCACCAAGUGGGACCCUGUUCUUCCUCACACACACACACACACUCCUGCACACUUCACUAUAAGAUUUAUUUAUGCAAGGUUUUGGUGCAUCGUUGUGCAGGAGUGUAACCUUCAAUUGCAUUAUCUGCAAAUUUCUCCCUGCACCCAUCAUUCAGGUGUGCACAACAGCCAUUAGCUUCAGUGUUUUGUCUGUUCAAAACGAGUUACAUGCACUCACACCACACUGCUACCAACACUUUUAUCAUGUUUAUGUAUCAGGUCAAGGCAAGAGUUCAAACACAGUUACACUUUAAGCUGAGAAACAUUCAUUUUGAUAGAAAACUUUGCAGACUUGUGCCCUCUAGUCGGUUGGUUCAUGAUAACGCGACACAUUUUCCACCUCAAGUUUCACACGGUUCUCUUUGCACACUAGUCAGGCUAACUAGGUCACGUUGCCAACCCAAAAUACCCCCCUCCUUAAAUUCUGGCCUCUUAGGAUCAGUUCUGCUGUUUGUUUUUAGCAGAUAUGUUUCUGCUUGAGCUAAAGAGAAUGCAGAAGCAUGAAUACUUAAGAGAUUAUCUAAGUGGCGAAGCUUCAAUGCAUUACCUCAGCUGGUUUUGAUUUUAUUCAAGAGUUUUUAAAGCAACUACCUAGUAAAUUUGAAGGAAGAGCUACCAGUAGUGAAAUGAUGCUCUGUGGUUGCGAGAAUGGUGAAAAUGGUGCUGCUACACUGUGAAAUGGUUAUGAUUAUGAUAAGUUAACAAAGGAUCUUACAUUUCUUUUUUGUUGGCAGAUUUGUUGGGAGAAGAUGUUUAAUUAAAGUUAUGGCACCAGAUAAAAGUCUAUACGGUGCUGGUGUGAUAUGUUCAAAUCCAUGGAUGUCUGUAACUGACAGCUGUAACAAUGUAAAGUUUGCAAAUGGCAGGUUUAAAACUGGAAUAUACUGUUCAAACUGUAUGACAGAGCCAUUAAAAAGAUGGAAGGCAAUGUU